AACUCCUGGAGUUUUGGGUAGUGACUUAGGUUUCCUGCCACGUCCAGCAGUGAGCCAAGAUUUCCACAGCUGCCUCUGGACACCACUCUCCCCAGGGACUGGAAGACGCUAACAUCAGGUCCAGAAAUGCCCUUGGUGUGUUUGACAGAUUUUCAGGCUUAUGCCCAGGAUCAUCUAUCUAAGUCAACUUGGGAUUUUAUUGAAGGAGGAUCUGAUGAAUGCUUCACCCGGGAUGAUAACAUCGCAGCAUUUAAAAAAAUCCGCCUUCGCCCCCGGUACCUGAGAGAUGUGCGAGAGGUGGACACCCGGACCACAAUCCAAGGGGAGGAGAUCACGGCCCCCAUUUGCAUCGCGCCCACGGGUUUCCACUGCCUCGUCUGGCCGGAUGGAGAAAUGAGCACAGCCAGAGCUGCCCAAGCGGCCGGGAUCUGCUACAUCAUCAGCACCUAUGCCAGCUGCUCCCUUGAAGAUAUUGUGGCUACUGCCCCCAGGGGCCUCAAGUGGUUCCAACUCUACCCAACAUCAGACCGGCAGCUCAACAAACAGCUGGUCCAGAGGGCUGAAGCCCUGGGUUUCAAAGCUCUGGUCAUCACUGUGGAUACACCCAAAAUGGGCAACAGGAGAUGCGACUUUCGAAACCAACUAGACUUACAGAGGAACUUACUGCUGAAAGACCUUCGCUCACCAAAGGAGAGACAUACAACGCCUUAUUUCCAGAUGUCCCCCAUUGACUCAUCCUUCUGCUGGAAUGAUAUCACCUGGCUUCAGAGCCUAACUCGACUGCCCAUCAUCCUUAAAGGGAUUUUGACGAAAGAGGAUGCAGAGUUAGCUGUGAAACACAAUGUCCAUGGCAUCAUUGUUUCCAACCAUGGCGGGAGGCAGCUUGAUGACGUUCCUGCUUCUAUUGAUGCCUUGACAGAAGUGGUGGCCGCUGUGAAAGGGAAAAUGGAAGUGUACCUGGACGGUGGGAUCCGAACUGGCAAUGACGUGCUCAAGGCGCUGGCCCUUGGGGCUAAGUGUGUCUUUCUAGGGAGACCAAUCCUGUGGGGUCUUGCCUAUAAGGGUGAACAUGGCGUUGAGGAAGUUUUGAACCUUAUAAAAAAUGAAUUCCACACUUCCAUGAGCCUCACAGGUUGCCAGUCGGUUGCCGAAAUCAAUCAGGACCUGGUCCAGUUCUCCAGGUUGUAAAGAAAAAGAGCUAAUGACCAGACCGCUGAGGUUGCCCACAGAGGGAGACAAGCCCAAAGCAUGGUGUGUGAUGUCCUCCUGCCUUGGCCAUCCUGUCCAGAGGCUCAUCCCCUGCAUCGUCGAUCAUUCUACCCCUUGUGCUUCAGGCCCUCCAAACCCCUCCUCUUCCUAAAAUGUGACAUGCUCUUCUUUGCCUCACUACUUGUUAGAUGCUCUUGCUUAAAACUGUGCUCUGAAAGAAAAAAUGUUAAAAACGUGGAUCAACAAUGACUAAAA